AUGGCGUCCAAAUCUGCAAAUUUUGGAAGUUCUCUAGCUGUACCUAACGUUCAGCAGCUGAUGAAGGAGCCCAUCAACACUAUCCCACCACGCUACAUCCGUACCAAUCAAGACCCUCCAAUCAUCUCUGGUGCUGCCACACUCCCUGCAGUCCCAGCAAUUGACUUGCAGAAACUGCUGUCAGUAGAAUCCAGUGACUUAGAACGGGCGAGGCUACACUCUGCUUGUCAAGAAUGGGGUUUCUUCCAAAAAAGUAAACUAGACACAUUGGAUGUUUAUUCCUUGGAGAUGAAAAAGUUGGCCUUGGCCUUAUUAGAACAGAUGGGGAAGGCCCUGAAGAUGGAGACUGGUGAGAUAACAAAGAUAUUUGAUGAUGGAUUGCAAGGAAUGAGGAUGAAUUACUAUCCUCCAUGUCCUCGACCAGAGCAAGUAAUUGGCCUUUCACCACACUCAGAUGCUGUGGGCAUAACCAUUCUUCUUCAACUUAAUGAACUUGAAGGCCUUCAAAUAAAAAAAGAUGGGAACUGGAUUCCAGUUAAGCCUCUUCCAGAUUCUUUCAUAGUGAACAUUGGAGACAUCAUGGAGAUUGUGAGCAAUGGGAUAUAUCGCAGCAUUGAGCACAGGGCAACAGUGAACUCAAAGAAAGAGCGGCUCUCCAUGGCAACAUUCUAUAGCCCAAAUCCUGAUGGAGAAGUGGGUCCGGCAAGAAGCUUGAUUGGCCCAGGUAGACCAGCAUUGUUUAGAAGAAAAGGGGUUGCAGAUUACUUCAAAGCACUGUUUACUAGGAAGCUUGAUGGAAAAAGUUAUAUAGAAGCCAUGAGGAUUCAAAAUGGAGAAGGCGGAGCUAAUUGAGUUUAUAUGUACUCAAGAAUCAAUAUGUGCUCAAGAAUCAGUAAGUUGUGAAAUGCUGAUAAGCAUAUUUAUAAAUAAUGCGCUAGGGUUUCCACCUCCGACGCCCUUAUACUAAUUUUGGUGAAGGAGGAAGCCCACUUUAGAAUUUUCAAAUUGAAGGGGACUAUUUAAGACAUUUCACCAUCUUAGGGAACAAUGACUCUGCUUCCCAUAAAUAAAUUGAGCUUUACUCGGAACUUGCAAAUGUGUUGUCGUGUUUAAUAAAAAAAAAAACUGUGGUUUAUUUAGGCAACUGGAAGGAAAAUAUAAUUUAUCCAUGGUCAAUUCAAAAUUGCA